GUACGCAUUUGCGUACGUGGCUUAUUUUCAUUUGAAGAUCCAAUUAUAAAUUUCCAAAUGGAAGAGGACCUUUAUCUGCUUUUGGGAGUAGGCAAAACAGCCACAGACGAUGAGAUCGUUAAGGCGUACAAGCGUAUGGCUCUGAUUUACCAUCCGGACAAGAACAAUCAUCCCAAGUCAGUCGAGCAUUUCAAGAAGAUUAACGCUGCCUUCAAAGUGCUCUCAGACAGGGUGUCUCGAAAGCGCUAUGAUCGACAAUCUGGAUCUUUCCAGGCAAGCGCAGGAACUCGGACGCGAACGCCACAAAGUACCGAUCAAGGGACAACACAAUCGAAUAUAUUCCCUACUCUGUGUGUCAUUGGUGGAGUACUUUUAGGCGCGGCUGUAGGUGCAUUUGCCUUCUCGGGGUCUGGAAAUGCCAAUGAUUCGGACAACGACGAAGACUAAUAAAUCUGUUAAACUCUUACCAAAACUCAA